AUCAGACAAAGGCAGCAGGAAGCCCCACGGCUUGGCAAUGCUCGAGAGCUAAGCGCAAAUACUAAACGAUAGCCCUCUCUUUUUUACGUUAGCGGAGUGGCACUGACGCUCGGACGGAACACUAUUUUUCUCACGGCGACUGUUUGGAAUAGUUUCGAGGGGUUUUUGAAAAUGUACGACCGUCUGGAUCCUCGACUCGACCGAAGGCGUUUGUCUGAACACAAAAUGGGUAGCGCUGCCUGACCGACCGCCCCGCGUUUCACCCGUUGGUGAGGCUUUGGGUCGGAGGCUUUUUUGGCUUUUUGCAUUUGAAUCCUACUGCGCAACGAGACGGAUCACGUGGGACCUGGAGUUGAUCGAUUUGGAACAGUUAAAUGUGAAAAGACAAACGAAGAAACGGCUGGGGAAUUAAGCCCUUUUUUCCGGAUAAGGGGGACUAUACUUCGGCGACGAGUGGAAAACAGAGGUGAGCUUAGCUGAGUAGCUGAAGUAGCCUAUUUGUCUUAGCCUAUUCGGCCCGGAAGAUGGAGACGCACAUAUCGUGUCUCUUCCCAGAGAUCCUAGCCAUGAUUUUCAGCUACUUGGACGUGAGGGACAAAGGCCGGGUGGCCCAAGUGUGUACGGCGUGGAGGGACGCGUCCUAUCACAAAUCUGUGUGGCGGGGGGUGGAGGCCAAGCUGCAUCUGAGGCGGGCCAACCCCUCGCUGUUCCCCAGCCUGCAGGCCCGCGGUAUCCGGCGGGUUCAGAUCCUGAGCCUACGGCGCAGCCUCAGCUAUGUGAUCCAGGGGAUGCCCAACAUCGAGAGCCUGAACCUCUCGGGCUGCUACAACCUGACGGACAACGGCCUGGGUCACGCGUUCGUCCAGGAGAUCCCCUCGUUACGCGUGCUCAACCUCAGCCUGUGCAAGCAGAUCACCGACUCGAGCCUGGGGCGCAUCGCGCAGUACCUCAAGAACCUGGAGGUGCUGGAGCUGGGGGGCUGCAGCAACAUCACCAACACGGGCCUCCUGCUCAUCGCAUGGGGGCUUCACCGCCUCAAGAGCCUCAACCUGCGGAGCUGCAGACACGUGUCCGACGUGGGCAUCGGGCACCUGGCGGGCAUGACCCGCAGCGCCGCGGAGGGCUGCCUGAGCCUCGAGCACCUGACCCUACAGGACUGUCAGAAGCUCACCGACCUGUCCCUGAAGCACAUCUCCAAGGGGCUGACGCGGCUGAGAGUGCUGAACCUGAGCUUCUGCGGCGGCAUCUCGGACACCGGCAUGAUCCACCUGUCCCACAUGACCAGCCUGUGGACGCUCAACCUGCGCUCGUGUGACAACAUCAGCGACACCGGAAUCAUGCACCUGGCCAUGGGCACGCUGAGGCUGUCGGGCCUGGACGUGUCGUUCUGUGACAAGAUAGGCGACCAGAGCUUGGCCUACAUCGCGCAGGGCCUGUACCAGCUCAAGUCGCUGUCGCUGUGCUCGUGUCACAUCAGCGACGACGGCAUCAACCGGAUGGUGCGACAGAUGCACGAGCUGAGGACCCUGAACAUUGGCCAGUGCGUGCGGAUAACGGACAAAGGGCUGGAGCUCAUCGCGGACCACUUAACGCAACUGACGGGAAUCGAUCUUUAUGGAUGUACAAAAAUCACUAAACGGGGACUCGAACGGAUUACUCAGCUGCCCUAUUUGAAAGUUUUGAACCUGGGCCUUUGGCAGAUGACAGAGAGCGAGAAAGUCAGGUGAAGCUUGGGGAGGUUGUUUUAGGAAGGGGAGGGGGUGGGUGUGUGGGCGAGAGGGAGAGGGAGCGAGGGGGGAGGAGGAGGAGGAGGGAGAGUAGAGGGCGGGGAGUUUUUUUUCUUUAUUUAAAAAAGAGAGAAGAGAGAACGAAUCUAUUCAGUACAAGUGGUUGGUAUUUAAUGUAUUAAAACAACGACAGAAAAAAAUGACUUAUUUUAAGCGAGAUCUUUUUUUAAGUACUUUUUACGAAUAGCCCAAGUUAAAUUAACAACGUUAUUGGGACCCAUUUUAUCAAAGCUUAAAAACAAAAAAAACUAAAAAGUUUUUAAUUGUUGUUUCUUAACCGUAAAAAAUCGCAAUAGCCUACUAUAUAGGUUCCAACCCUCCUCCCUCUCCAAAAAACUUAUCGCGCCUAAAACAUUUUGGCUACCUCUGGUCUGGGGCAUGUGUGUGGUGUGUCUUGUGUUCCUCUGAAGAGAGAGACUAGUGCCUGAAACAAGCCGCCCAUCCCCCACCGCGUCUCUCUCGCUUCUCUCUCUCUCUCCCUCUCAGGCCCAGCCGAGCAGGAGUGAAGAAUGGGGCCUAACUACCUUUUGUUAAUUUGCCCCGAGACGCGCAACGAAAAGACACAAAAAACGCCGGCGUCAUGGCGCAGACAUGGUUCCCUCUGAAACAACAACAACAUGACUAAAAAAAAUAAAAAAUCGACUUUAUGCAAAGACGGAUAAAAUAGCCUACUGGUUUAUAUACAGAGAAAAAAAGCUUUUUCUUUCUUUUCUAAAUUGUUUUUAGUUGUUAGCUCAACUUAAACUAGGCCUCAAAGCCUUGGAUUCAAGCUUUGGAUAAAAGGAGUGUCUUCGGCUAAUGUAUUUAUGCUUUUGUAAGCAGAUAAUCUUAAAUAAUUGCUGUUAUUCAGAGCAUUGUACUUCAAAUUGAAGUUAUUUCUUUAUAGAAAUGCCCUUUUUGAAUCAGUCGUUUCCCGUUCUGUUGUCCCUCCAUCCGACCACAGCCAGGCUACUUUUAAAAAGCCUCCUAACUAACAACAAACACACUGGCCCGUGAGAUGGAGGCUAUGUGUCCAUUUGGAAAGAGAGAAAAAAGCUAAAUAGUGAUCAAAAAGGACAUCUUUGAGACGAGGGGCAAACCGAUUCUCUCUCGGGUAAUAAUAACAAGCAAACGUGCGUCAUGACAGGUUUGGUGUCAUGAUGUUUAUGGACACUCAACAUACAUGUAUGAAGUCCUGCUGAACAGAUACUGUGUUUAAUGUACUGUAAAUGUAUUUGUAAAAAAAAGAGAAAAGAAUCCCAAAUUAAAUUGUUUUAUAUUCUUACAGCAAACAUUAAAGUUGAUAUUUAUAUAAGAAA